UUUGCUCGUCUCGCCUGGGCUGGGCUCGUCAAAAUUUUGUUGCAAUGUUUUUCUUUGAGUCGGGGAGGUGUGUGUUGGCUUUGAAUUUGAAUCGCCGACUUGAAGAAAUAAGAGGACCCGCUGUGCUGGAAUUUGAAUGCCAAGCUUAAUUCCAUUGAUGGGUUCGGGAUAAAGCUCACGAGACAGCAGGGAAUUUGCUUUGCGUUUUUGUGCACAGUCUAGAUCUAGAAUCUAGAUUUAUGUCACUGACUGAGUGUUGUCGCAGAUUGUGAUAUUUGCAUCAUAUUAUCAUCACGAUGGAUGGUUUGCCAAGACAAUUUUUGUCUUCUCUGAGAAUAUUGUUUGAUAUCUUGGACGAAAACAGAACUGGGUUUGUUCGUCUUUGUGACAUUGAGAGUAGGUGGAGUGACGAUGGAGUUAGGGGUUUACCUCCUGGUGUAGUUGAUGGCCUGAGAAAAGUUACCCCUCCUAAUGGUUUUCUUAGCUUUGAUCGAUUUGUUGCUGGUUUGAAACUUGUUCUCGCCACCAAGCGAAAAGAGAGUAACGAAUUCAACAUCGAGGGCCGCAAACCAUUUGUUUCUAAAGAAAAUCGAUUACAUUCCUUUGAUAACCAGAGGGAACGAGGUCCUGUGAAACAAGAUGAUAAUAAGAACAAUAGGAUUAAUUCUGAAGUACGGCUUACCAGCAAUAACAAACCCACAAGCAAUGCAAGAGAUCAACGUUCAAUUCAAAAUCACCAGGGUCCAAAUAAUAGCGUCAACACUGUAGGGAGUAGGCCUGCUGAGCGGAGAUAUAAUGAGAGCAGUAAUCGUCAGACAAAUGAGGGUAACAGGAAAUCCCCGCAGUUUCCUUCUGCUCCAAGCUCAGGGGGACCAGUGAAAGCCCGCGAGAACACCUUUAAUGCAUUUGCAAUUAAACCUGAUGUCAGCAGUUACCCGAACACUGUUGGAAGUCAUCUUGGUCCAUCAAGUGGAAACAGUUUCAGGCGCUCAGGCAAUAGUAACUCUGGUGCCGCACAUCAGGAAAAGCCUCCAGCUGUUCCGCCUAGAUCAGACAGAUUGAAGUCCCAAGGCCAAGGAAAUGUCAACAGUAUAAAGAAGUCUCUGUCAGGACCAGAUUUGUAUUCCCGUUCCCCUCCUGCUGUACCACCAAGAGAAAGACAGUCAAAUACAAGGAUCCUGAAUGACCUGAAAAAUUGGCAGAAGGAGUGGACUGAAAGUCGCAAGCCAGGACAGGAUAGUCAUGAGUACAACAUUUAUCGACCUGACAAAAAUUCUGAAGACACCAUAUAUGCGAACAUUCAACAGUUUCAGAACAAGUCAGAAGAACAGCGCAGCACCGCGCCACCCGCCCAGUCUGGUCCCCUAAAAGCAACGGUCCGUAGACACGGCUCAGGGCGGCGACACACUCUGGCUGAUGGCAUUGACCAGAACAUGCUGAAGCGUAUGAAACAACUAGAGGAGGAGACUUCCAUUUUGCGGGCGGGGCUUGCGAUGGUGGACUCGGCCCGAGACUGGUAUAAGAAACAACUUUCUGCAGUGUCCGACAAACAGGCCAUGCUGGGGAAGGUCUCGUAUAAUGACAACUCUGUGGAGGCUUAUCAAGAGAGGAUGAAUUUCCAGAGGGCUCGUAUAGCGGAGGUGAACCAACAUCUACGUCUGUUGGUGGAAAGUUCUGAGAAGGGUUUCCCACUCCACAUGAACCUUGCAGUAUCCACGGGCCGGCCCCCCAAUGCUGACUCUGGGCUCAGAGCUUUGACUGAACACAACCGACGCCUGAUGGAGGAGCUGAGCCAGAACCGUGACCAGAUGGCUCAGUUGGAGCAGGAGAAGGCCAGUCUUGUGAGGGAGCUGUUCGAGUCCCGGGCCAAGCACCAGAUGCCAAACUACGAUGACACAACCUUCAUGUGACCAACCAGGACAGCAUCACCAUGAUCGAGUGACCAGACCAAGUACGACCACACCACGGUCAUUCGACCACCUUCAGUCAUGUGACUAAAAAAACCACACAGCUGCCAUGUGAUCAAAUUACGACCACAUCACUGUCUCAUGUGAUCGUACCAACCACAACCAUGCAUUGAACUUGUGACCACACCAACCACAACCAUGCAUUGGUCAUGUGACUGCCCCACUGUUACAUACAUGGCCAUACCAACUGCGACCACCUUAUGGUCAUGUGAUGAUGAAACUGACAAAAUGCAGACAUGGGUGUUGAACAUGCUACUUUUUCCUGCUGUUGAAUGUACCUUUUUCCUAGGAUGUUAAACAUGUAACAUCCCCAGCUGUUGAACAUGUCACUUUCCCCAUCUUAGUUGCUUUCCCCAUCUCUGUUGAACAUAUCUUUUUCCCAGGCUUUUAACACUGUUCCUCCACAUAGAGAUAUAAGGAAAAACCCUUCCCUCCACAUACCAAUGGGAGGGUUUGCAGGGAAAAUAGGGUAGGUCAGCAAAAUGUCAUUUCUCUGUAACCCCAGUGUAUAUCGCGUUCAAUUUUUUUUUACUGAGCCAAAAAAAGUGAAUGGUCAAUUGGAUGCCACAAAUAUUUUUUUCCGUGAUUACAUAAUCAAGUCCGCCUUUUGAAUAAUGAGCUAAAGAGAAAAGAGGGAAAAAAUUGCAUUUCGGAACCUAUAACAAUGGACUAUACCAACAACAUACACUUUAUAACAUUAUAUUAAGUGUGUUUGACGAUUUGUGAGUGAUAUCAACCGCAUAAAAUAAAGUGUUUAUGCAUUGCAAGUGUGUCAGAAGAAAUUAGAAAAUGGCACCAGACCAGGCUAUUCGGAGCUUAUUUCAGGAAAAUUAGGGUGGUCACCUAAAUGUAAUUUUCUCGGUGACGCCAACAGAUAUCGUGUUCAAAUUUUUUUCAACGCUAAAAUAUUGAAUUAUCAAUUAGAUUCCGCAAAAUAGACUCGGUUUGAUUAUGUAAUCAAGUCGGCCAUUUUGGAGAAGAAAAAAGUGUACAAAAUCAAAAUAAUACCCUUUACAACAUGGUAAGAGUGUAUUUGACCAUCUGUGAAUGAUAUGAACCUGAUAACAUGAAAUAUAUAGACAUUUCAAGAGUGCAAGAAGAAAAUAAUAAAAGGCACUGGAGCAGCCAAAAUCGGAGGUAUUUUCGGAUCACACAGGUGGGUCAGCACAAGUCAUAUUUUCUAAAUAACCAAUGUCAUGAGUGUUUUGAAAUUGAACAUACUUUGAAAAUACUGUAAUCUGUGGUGGGAAAAUUUACUUUUGACUAAUGCUAGUUGUAAAUGUGUGGUGUUUGCGUUUGAUAAUUGUCUAAAAAAUAACACAAAUAUGUCCUGACUGUGACGGAACAAAAUAUCAAGGUUAGUAAUACUCACAACAUUGAACAAAAAUAUUAGUAAUGAAGUUUGAAGUAAAGGAUCAACUCGCCCACUGAAGUCUUGAAGAUUUUCAGGUAAGUUAUCCGCCGUAAAGAAUUUCACGUACAUCCGCAGAGAAUUUCACGUACAUCCGCAGAGAAGUUCACACAACCCAACGCACAUUUGAAAAACAUUUCAGAAGGCCUAACACAAUUGGGCUGAGGAAAAAAAAA